UUUCUAUAAGCCCAGCUUAGACGUUCUCUACCUCUCUGGGUUGCCUGUUUCCGAACUAACCGAAACCUAGUCAUAAACCCAAAUGGAAACCACAGAAGAGCCGGAGCUUCCUCGAGACCCCUCAGACAACCGUAACGACGUUGUCUCCGACGACUCCUCACCGGAAACCGACCUCACUCUCUCUCCAAUCCAACCCCAAAACCACAUUAACGAUCCCCAAAAUUCUUCUGAAAACCACCUCCCACACUCAUCCGAAACCCAGUCUCCACCACCCAAUACGACACUCGACGCUCCCGUUUCAGACUCUCAAGACGAUUCCUCCGACCCAAUCCCGAAGCCACUCGAAGAACAGCCCCAAAACCCCAAUUCUACAGACCCCGCUCCACCACCAAAACGACGACGCCGUAGAAAGCGGUUCUUCACCGAAAUCAACGGAAACCCGUCGUUUCGCCGGCAGAGGAUAGCCGGAGGCCUGUCCGAAGAACUCAACGUCGAAGCACUCAUUGCAAUCUCCGUAGGUUUUCCCGUCGAUUCGCUCACCGAAGAAGAAAUCGAAGCAAAUGUGGUGUCGACAAUUGGCGGCACCGAGCAAGAUAACUAUAUUGUUGUGAGGAACCACAUUCUUUCUCGGUGGAGAUCAAAUGUGUCGAUUUGGCUUACUCGCGACCACGCUCUUGAGUCAAUCCGGGCUGAGUACAAGAACCUGGUCGACUCUGCUUAUAAUUUUCUACUAGAACAUGGCUACAUCAACUUCGUCGCGCCUGCUGUUAAAGAGGCGCAAAGGGCGUUGCAUGAGCGGGCUGAGAGAGCCAAUGUGGUGGUUGUAGGGGCAGGUCUCGCUGGACUAGUUGCAGCCAGGCAGCUAGUGGCUAUGGGUUUUAAAGUGGUCGUCUUGGAAGGUAGAGCACGGCCAGGUGGUCGUGUGAAAACAAGGAGGAUGAAGGGCGAUGGGGUGGUGGCUGCCGCCGAUGUGGGUGGGAGUGUUCUUACCGGAAUCAAUGGGAACCCACUAGGAGUUCUUGCAAGGCAAUUGGGUUUACCUCUUCAUAAGGUGAGAGAUAUUUGCCCUUUGUAUUUACCUGAUGGGAAGGCUGUAGAUUCAGAGAUUGAUUCUAGAGUAGAGGUUUCGUUUAAUAAAUUGUUAGACAGAGUUUGUAAGCUUAGGCAGGCCAUGAUUGAGGAAGUUAAAUCUGUUGAUGUUAACUUAGGAACCGCGCUUGAAGCUUUUAGGCAUGCUUAUAAGGUAGCUGAGGAUUCACAGGAGAGAAUGCUGUUGAAUUGGCAUCUUGCAAAUUUAGAAUAUGCAAAUGCUUCUCUAAUGUCUAAUUUGUCUAUGGCGUAUUGGGAUCAGGAUGAUCCAUAUGAGAUGGGAGGUGACCAUUGUUUUAUUCCUGGAGGUAAUGAUACUUUUGUUAAAGAACUUGCUAUGGAUCUGCCCAUUUUCUAUGAAAGGACUGUAGAGAGUAUUAGGUAUGGAGUUGAUGGGGUUAUUGUUUAUGCAAGUGGGCAGGUGUUUCGUGGUGACAUGGCGCUCUGUACAGUGCCAUUGGGUGUGCUUAAGAAGGGAACUAUUGAAUUUGUGCCUGAGCUUCCACAAAGAAAGAAAGAUGCAAUUCAGAGAUUGGGAUAUGGGCUGUUAAAUAAGGUGGCACUGUUGUUUCCCUAUAAUUUUUGGGGAGGAGAGAUUGAUACAUUCGGGCAUUUGACAGAAGAUUCAAGCAUGAGAGGUGAAUUCUUUCUGUUUUAUAGUUAUUCUUCUGUUUCAGGGGGUCCGCUUCUAAUUGCUCUUGUUGCUGGGGAUGCUGCAGUUAAGUUUGAGACAAUGUCUCCAGUGGAGUCUGUUAAAAGGGUCCUAGAAAUAUUGCGGGGUAUUUUCCAUCCAAAAGGGAUUGUUGUUCCAGAUCCAGUUCAGGCAGUCUGUACCCGCUGGGGGAAAGAUUGCUUCACAUAUGGGUCUUAUUCUUAUGUUGCAGUUGGAUCUUCAGGAGAUGAUUAUGAUAUUCUUGCUGAGAGCAUUGGAGAUGGAAGGGUUUUCUUUGCGGGAGAGGCAACAAACAAACAGUAUCCAGCAACAAUGCAUGGAGCAUUUCUAAGUGGAAUGAGAGAGGCUGCUAACAUAUUGAGAGUGGCCAAGAGGAGGUCUUUGGCUCUGACCAGCAAAUUAAACAAUGACAUUGAGGAAAGUGAUGAUUUAACUAAAUUAUAUGACACCCCUGAUCUGAUAUUUGGGAGCUUCUCUAUUCUGUUUGAUCCCAGGUCUAAUGAUCUUGAAUCCCUUUCAUUAUUAAGGGUCAAAUUCCAAGGACCAAAAUUGGAUUCUUGCUUGCUGUGUCUUUAUGGUUUGAUUUCCAGGAGGCAGGCCAUUGAACUAAGCGAGUUAGAUGAUGAUGGAAAGAGGAUGGAAAUGUUAUGUCACAACUUUCAGGUAAGGUUGGUUGGUAGGAAAGGCUUCUCUGAUGCUGGGGAUUCCCUUAUCAUGCACAUCAAGGCAUCUAGAUCCAGACUAAGUGUUGGAAUUUGAGUUUGACGCUGGGCAUCAAAACAGAAAUUCUCUCUUUUGCUGUCCUAUGAGUGGAGGUGGCUAACUCAAUGGCAUCUCAAAUAUUGGACUUUCCAUGGGAACUGGAUAAUUGAUUUUAGAGACAAUUAUGUGGGUAAUAGUUCAGAAACAGGUGUCCUCUACAAGAAAUUAUUGAAUGGAUGGGAGUUUAGGUUC